CCUCCUCGUGACGGAGAGCUCCAUGGUGUGGACUACAACGUCCUGUCUGUGGAGGACUUCCUGGAGCUAGAGCGGAGCGGAGGACUGCUAGAGAUAGGAACGCAUGACGGUAACUAUUAUGGGACACCCAAGCCACCCAUCCAGCCUCUCAGUAGGACAGUGAUUACCCAUGAUGCUUUGUGACACAGUUGCACUGGUUCCCAGAAGUGCUGCGAUUGUGUGAAGCAUGCAGGAGUAGAGCAGACAGCGCUGCAGGAGGAUGCAGACAUGAACAACACGUUUACAGAGUUCUUAGCUCGUAGUCUCUUCCCCUCUCCCCUGCUGUGCACAGGAGACUCUAGCCGGCCGGAGGUGCGAGACAAUGCCCCCAGCUAUGUGCUGAACAACAUGGCCACCUCGCCGCCGGGCCUUCCUCCGGAUCAGGACCCACUCGGAGCGCUGCCGGACAACUGGGAGACCGCCUACACCGAGAGCGGAGAGAUUUACUUCAUCGACCACAACACAAAGACCACCUCGUGGAUAGACCCUCGAUGUCAGGACAAACAGCCCAAACCUCUGGAGGACUGUGACGACGAUGAAGAGGGUGUACAUACAGAAGAGCUGGACAAUGAUCUCGGUACGUCUCUCCUCUCGCCUGUGCCAGAACUGCCUCCUGGCUGGGAGAAGAUCGAUGACCCGGUGUAUGGAGUCUAUUAUGUAGAUCACAUUAACCGUAAGACGCAGUACGAGAACCCGGUUCUGGAGGCCCGGCGGCAGAAACAGCUGGACACACAGCAGUCGCCGGAGGACGGACGCUACAUCAGAGAAUGGAUAGAGGAGCACUCGUCUGCCGGCACUGCAAUCAGCUCUUAUGUGCCCAGUCAUCUGGAGACAUACAGAGACCCUCAGAGCAGUCCGUCGGCCCCUCAGGCCCCUCAGGCCCCGGGCCCCAGGCGAGGAAAGCCGUUCUUUACUCGUAAUCCAGCCGAACUCAAGGGCUCCUUCAUAAGCACUAAGCUGCUGAAGAGCCGGCGAGGCUUCGGUUUCACUGUGGUCGGCGGCGAUGAACCGGACGAGUUCCUACAGAUCAAGAGUCUGGUGCUGGACGGACCGGCCGCUGUGGACGGAAAGAUGGAAACAGGUCUGGACUUUCUCUUUCUCUUCCAUGUUCAUCUGAGUGUGUGUCCUAAUAAGGCACAGCACACUCUCCUUUAGCCCCGCCCACACUGGAAUCCAAGCCCCACCCCUCUUACAUAUUAAUCAUCCAAAACCAGAGAGUGCUUCACAAACACUGCAUAUCAAAUUACAAAAUCCACAAGGAGUUUUGUUGUGCGGCAUCACUUUUGCAUUAAAUGUGAGCAGAAUCUGAUUAAAGUGCCCCUAUUAUGGGUAAUGAAAGGUUAAUAUUUUGGUUUUGGGA